AUGUCAGCAGAGGAAAAUCGCAAAGACAAAAACAGAGGCAGUUGGGUCGAUUCAAACCCAACCCCGGUUCAAAGCACAGCUAGUGACAACCGCCAUUCCCAGCAUAGUUCAAAGGGAGACUCCAAUAUUAGCUCGAGCUUUCGUAUUUCCAUAGACAAUCAUAGUUAUGACGAUAAAGGCAAAAGUUGGACCAGUUUAAUAGCACCCUAUCCAACAUUACUCAACAAUAAUCGUGAUUCCCAAGAUAGCGCAAAGACAGACUCUAAGCAUAGUUUGAGAAACUCUACAUCGGCAGAUAACGUUAAUGGACAAACGAUUGAAAAAUUCAAUCGGGAUUUAUCGAAAAACGAGAAAAUUGCUUUGCUUAUUGUGAUGAGUCUUACUGUAUUCUUGGCAUCGAUUGAAGUAACUGCCGGCCUGCCAGUAUCGAGUGAAAUUGCAUCGUCGUUCAAUAAUUUAGAGUCAUACCGAUGGCCUGUAACUGCUUACCUUCUUACGUUUUGCGCAUUUCAACCUAUUUGUGGAAAGUUUUCCGACAUAUUUGCUCGAAAGACCAUCAUGUUAUUUGCAAUGGCCACCUUCUUGUUUGGCUCGCUUGGCGCUGGCGCAGCAACAAACAUGUCUAUGCUUAUUGCGUUUAGAAUAAUACAAGGUCUCGGCGGAGGUGGUCCAAUAUUGGGAAUACUUUUCAUAAAUGAUUCUUGGCACUGGGCAUUUUACGCGAACGUCGCUAUGGGCAUCUUUCUCCUAAGUGCUUUGGUGUUGCUCAUGCACCCCCCAUAUGAGCCCAAACCCUUCCUUGAUGACCUCACAUCUGUUAACUAUCUGGAGAUGAUUGCCCAAUUAUCCUCUGUGAUAUGUUUUCUUUUAGCACUUGCAUUUAUUGCUGAAAAUAAUCAAACACAAGAGUAUAGUGGGGAUGUUGCCGUACUGUUCAUCUCGUCAGCAAUAUUCCUAAUAAUCUUUAUCUAUAUGGAGAAGAAAGCAACCAAUCCAUUGAUUCCUUGGGAAUUCUGGGAUAAAGAAAUACUUGUCGCGUCUGCAUGCGCUUUGUUCACCGGAAUAGCUUUUGCGCUAGUGGCAUAUAUUCCGCUUUGUUGCCUAAUCAUACAACACGCCCCUGCGUCAGUUAUUGGAUUGAACGCAUUUGUACUGCUAAUAGGUUUUGUCAUUACGAGCGUCGCUUCAGCGGCGUUAGUAAAACGAUUGAACAUGUAUGGGCAGUUUCUUGUGAUUGGCGGGAUCUUUAACGUUAUCGGAUUCGGGAUUUUAACCGCAUGGGACCAAUAUACACUUGGCUUUGAAGUGUACAUGUGUUUGUUAAUAAUAGGUUUGGGUAUGGGAUGUAUCCUACAUACAAACUUCCUCGUUACUCAAAAAGUGGCCAAGAAGCACUAUAAGAUUCCUAACACUUGGUGUCAGUUCGUAACUACAACGGGUGUGGCUAUUGGAAUCACAACCUUUGCAGCCAUUCUGCAAACAAGAAUAAACGCCAAUUUCCGCCAGCUUGAUUCGAAAACUGCUGAGGAAAUAUUGGCGUUGUCGCCUCAAAUCCUAAUAACCUACGAUACUGGCAACCUUCCUGCAAAAUACGUCGAAAUCAUGCUUGACAAUUUUGCCCAUGCCUUCCAUUCGGUAUUCGUAGGCGGCACCAUUAUGGCUUGUCUUGGUUUGCUCUUCAAUAUCCUUUUCACGAUCUUACAUGGUACAGAUGCUAAAGACAGUAAAAGUGAUAUAUCUAUUACGACUGCGAGUACUUGCCCUCGGUAUGAUAAUGUCAUUAAUAAUAAGAUCCAAGUCGACGUGUCAGAGGUCAAGAUCUCCAAAGUUUAUACGCAACCACCACGUAAACAUAGCACCAUCGUCCCGCUGAAUUAUGCAAUUGAUCAUGGAAAUGGACAAGUUUAUAAUUCGCGAAGGGUUACAAUUUUCUCCUUGCAACAGUGA